AUGGGAGCAUUGGCAGGGUGCCGCGAUCCCGUCCCCCUGCUGGCUUGCUGGGGGGUUGCUGGAUUGGACGGGGAUGCCAGGGAGAGCUCAGGCCAGGGGUUGCAUUCUAGCGAGGGCGUCUGGUCGCGGGCCGACGAGCCGGCGCCUCCGCCCACCCCUGUUCCGAAUAUCGAAGGCGAGAAGCGUUUCGCCAUCGAAUCUUCGAAAGCCGUGUGGUCGCCAACAGGACGACCGUCAGGCAGCUUUGCUGCUGAAGGCCUGCCGCAGUGUGUAACCCCGGAUCUGGGUCCCCCGCUUGGGUCUAGUCGUGUCGUGGCGGGCCGGCGGCGGCUUCUGUCUGGCCUACGCGACGUUGGCUGGCUUCGUCGAAGCAGGCCACCAUCGCCACCCAAGCCAGCUGCUGCGCUGGCUCGAUGCACGAGAUCGAGCAACCCCUGGACGCUACCGGGGAACCUCGCAUUGGACGAGGUUCUGGAAAGAGACAAUUCACGGCCUGGGCACUGCUCGCGUCCGGAACGUCUGCUCAACUGCGACGCCAAGGCGGCGGCGAAGGAGCAGCCAAUCCAGAUUCCCGGAAACAAGGAGCCUCGUUCGAAAGAGAUCGAAAAUCAGCCAAGACGCAAGCAUCGGCGUGGCCGCGGCGCCCUUCUGCUCUUCACGAAGGCUUGGCCGCAGAUCAUCACGUGGGACGCGGCCCAUGGUUAA